AAAAUUAAAUUAGAAGUUGAGGAUUUGUGAAAGUGGCGAUGGUCUCUCUCUCAGAUCAGCCAAACCAAGUCGGAGAGAGAUCUUCAAACCCAAACCCAUGGCAAACAACAACAACCCUUCCUCUCUCCGAUGGACCCUUCUUCGUCAAGCCCUUCUCCGUCGUCCUCCUCCUCAACCCACCUCUGCUGCAGAAGGGCAAUCUCAGAACACUAUAAAGAGAAUUUCUAGAAAAGCCAUGCAGGGAUUUAACAUGAUACCAUAUCAUUUGGUGAACAAAGAUUCCGAGGAGGAGGCUAUUAUCUUGAAUCGUCGCAAUGGCAAUUACAAUUCAAAGGAUGCUACUUUAUGCUACACUUUACCCAUUCAUGGAAAUGGAGCUCCUAAUAAUAAGCUUUUCUUGACCCAAAGAGUGAACAACGUUGCUGACAUCAGUGAUCUUGAGUUUUGUAAUAGGCAUGACAUCGAUAAUACUGGCCUUGUAUGUCAGUGGCCUUCAGAAGAUGUUCUUGCUUACUUUUGCUUGUCUCACGCUGACUUGUUCAGGUCCAAAAGGGUUAUUGAACUUGGAUCAGGCUAUGGUUUAGCUGGUUUAGUUAUUGCAGCAGUUACCGACGCUACAGAAGUCAUAAUCUCAGAUGGAAAUCCUCAAGUUGUUAAUUAUAUUGAGCAUAAUAUUGAUGCCAAUUCUAAAGCAUUUGGUGCCACAAAAGUAAAGUCCAUGAUGUUGCACUGGAAUCAGGAUGAAAUUUCAAAUAUUUCUUACUCUUUCGACCUCAUCAUUGCAAGUGACUGUACAUUCUUUAAGGAAUGCCACAAAGGGCUUGCACAAGUUGUCAAAAACUUGUUGAAAAAAGUGGGACCUUGUGAAGCCAUAUUUUUCAGCCCGAAAAGAGGUGAUUCAUUGGACAAGUUCCUAGAAGAAAUUAAAGAAAAUGGCUUGCAGUUCAGCAUAACAGAGAAAUACGACGCAGAAAUUUGGAAUCGUCAUCAGCGCUUUAUGAACGGUGAUGAUCACGACGCCUGGCCCAGCUACGAAAAGGAUCACUCCUACCCUUUACUGGUCAGAAUCACGCCAUGAACUUCGUUUGGUUACUAGUUUCUUGUUGAAUUUUCCUGCACAUAAUUUAACAUUAUUUUCAAGGCCCCAUUUGAAUAGCAUGCAUUAUUAUUGUGUGUACUUAUAAUUUUCACCAGAAAAAUCUAGGUACAUACAGUACAGGAACUAGUUCAGUCAGUGUACAGACUAUUAUUAUUCUUGUCCUUGUGUUUGGUGGGAUCCCAUACUUUAAAAUGCACUAUUAUAGUCCAAGUCUAUUUAUGUAACUACUAAGUAGGGUCAUGGUCAAUAUGUGGGCUUGGUUUUACCCAAAAUUAGUUAAAUUAAAAGAAUGAAUUGAUUGUUUUGUUAA